UACAUUGAUGUAAGGGGCGGUUUGAGAAAGCAGAAGAAAACAGAUCUAGCAAGUGUCAAAGGGUGGAAUACUAGUUCUUAAUGGCAACUGCCGACUGGAACCCUCUUGGGGACGUUUACUUAAGAAAGACUGAGCUGUAUUCUAUGGGAUGGGCUGACAUAGUAGAUCUCAAUAAGUUUGUAGCGGUGGCAUCAUGUCAGUAUGGUGGACCAAUUGCAUUGUUACGAGAUGAUGCACAAACAGCCAGGGUACAGGUCAGCACUAAGCCAGUUAUCACCACCUAUACAGCAGCUGGUUAUCAAAUAGGACAAAUGAGGUGGAACAGUGGACAGAUUGUAAAGAUGGGCUGGACAGUUACUGAAGAUCUGCUCUGUGUACAGGAUGAUGGUGUUGUCUUAGUCUAUGACUUCUUCCUUAAUUUCAAAAGAACAUUUGGAUUGGGACAGGAAGCCAAAGAUGUGAAGGUGAUAGACUGUCAGAUUUUUAAUAGUUUCCAAGGAACUGGGAUAGCAAUUCUAACCAGUACAUUUAGAAUAUUUAUAAUCAAUAGUGUGGACGACCCUAGGAUACGAAGAUUGGCCGAAGUUCCAGGAUUGCAGACAGAACCUAGUAGCUGGACCAUUAUAAACUUAGAUCGUCAGUCCCGAGCACUUGUAGCUAAAGGGAAAGAACUCUAUUUAAUUGAUCAUGGUGGACAGUUCCAGUAUCAGAGUCCCCAGAUUUCAGCAGAGGUUAAUGAAUAUGUUAUGAUGUCUGUAUCUUACAGUAAUAAAUACCUGGCCAUGUUUACUGAUUCAGGUGUAAUUUGGAUUGGCUCCUCAGAUUUACAGAAAUGUUAUUGUGAAUUUAAUACAAAGUCACCACAGUGCCCACAACAAUUAGCAUGGUGUGGCAGUGGAGCUGUUGUUGCCAUGUGGGAUAAAAUCAUGUUGGUAGUGGGACCAGAUAAAGAUUGGAUCAAAUUUCAGUUUGAUUCCCCUGUACACCUAACUCAAGAGGAUGAUGGACUUCGCAUUAUACAAAAUUAUCAGCAUGAGUUUUUACAUAAAGUUCCAGAUGUAACAGAGAAAAUAUUCAAAAUAGGCUCUAUGGAACCAGGAGCCAUGUUGUAUGAAGCUAACAGAGAAUUUAUGAAAGGAAGCCAGAAAGCAGAUGAAUAUGUCAGAAUGAUCAAAGACAAACUAGAUGUAGCAGUAGAUCAAUGUAUCCAGGCAUCAGGUCAUGAAUUAGAACCAACAAAACAGAAACAGCUACUAAGGGCUGCUUCUUUUGGGAAGUGUUUUUUAACAGAUUAUAAUCCACAAGCCUUCGUUGACAUGUGUCAGAUGUUACGAGUACUUAACCAAGUCAGGAAUCAUGCCAUUGGAAUACCAUUGACAUAUACACAAUUAGAAAAAUUAACAACAACUGUUUUGAUAGAUAGACUAGUAUUGAGGAAAUUCUUUGCAUAUGCUAUCAAGAUAAGUCAAUAUUUGAAGAUACCAGAAGCUGAAGGAAGUUCUAGAAUACUGGCCCAUUGGGCAUGUUACAAGGUUAAGCAGAAGAAUCAGGAUGAUGAAGUCAUUGCACGAGCGAUUGCCCAAAAACUUGGUGAUACACCAGGUGUCUCUUACUCAGAAGUAGCCAACGAAGCUCUGGAAUGUGGCAGAGAAGAACUAGCCAUUAGAUUGUUAGAUUAUGAACCAAGAGCUGCCCAUCAAGUUCCACUACUGAUGAAGAUGCAUAAAGAUCAGAUAGCAUUAUCAAAAGCUAUAGAAAGUGGGGAUACAGAUUUAGUAUAUACAGUACUCUUGAGAUUGAAGGAAUCCAUGACACAAGGUGACUUUCUGAUGUCUAUUAGAAGUAUGCCUAUAUCAUAUUCCUUGUUCCUACAGUACUGUAGACAACAGAACCCUAAGUUACUGGAAGAUUUAUAUUACCAGGAAGAUAAUUUUAUAGAGGAGGGUAACUGUAAAGUCAUGAGGAGCUUUGAUGAUGAGCGAUUGGAUGAUAGAACAGAAACUCUGAACCAAGCUAUUAAAUGCUAUCAGAAAGGCAGACAUGAUUUUGUGAUAAAACAGACUGAGGACCAAAUUAAACUUUUAAAAUAUCAAAAACGUUUAGAGGAAGAAUUUAAUCGACCAUAUAUGGAUUUGUCAUUGCAUCAGACUAUUUAUAGACUAACAGUGGAAAACAACUUUAAAGUUUCAGAACAGUUAAGAAAAGAGUUUAAAGUUCCAGAUAGAAGAUACUGGUGGAUAAAAAUCCAAGCUCUAGCAGAGGCAGGGGAAUGGGUAGAACUAGAUAAAUUCUCCCGCAACAAGAAACCACCAGUUGGAAUGGAAGCUUUUGUAGAGGUUUGUGCAAAGCACCAUAAUGUAAAUGAAGCUAUGAAGUAUAUGUCCAGAGUCAGUCCAGAACAAAAAGUCAGAUGUCUUGUUAAAGUAGGGAACAAGAAAGCAGCAGCAGAUACAGCAUUCGAGAACAGAAAUGAAGAGGAAUUAAAUUUUGUUUUGUCGAAAUGUGGACAUUCUGAUAGACAAUUAGUAGAGGGCAUCAAAACAAUGAAACAACAGUUAGGCUCAAAAAGAUAAUCCAAGACAAUUAGAUGUAUUUAUUUGUCAUACUUGUGCAAUAAACAUUUUAAUAUUAAAUCAUAUUUAUACA